CGAGAAGGAGCAAUUAUUUUCAGUAGAGCUCUGUUGGGGAUAUCCAUCUUGCUUGUGAUAGUUGCAUACAAACUUCAGAGGAGGCAUUUGUCUGUGGAUGAUAUGAUUGAAGAGUUCAUUCAGAAACAGAAUAACUUCAUGCCUAUCAGGUACACUUACUCAAAAAUAAAGAAAAUCAUUGGAGGUUUUAAGGAUAAACUGGGUCAAGGAGGCUAUGGUUCGGUCUUUAAAGGAAAGCUUCGAAGUGGACAUUUUGUAGCUAUUAAAUUACUGGGCAGGGCAAAAUCAGAUGGCCAAGAUUUCAUCAAUGAAGUUGCCACCAUGGGUAGGAUUCAUCAUGCUAAUGUCAUGCAACUCAUUGGAUUUUGUGUUGAAGGAUCAAAACAAGCUCUAGAAGAAGGAACACAAAUUCAUUUUCUGAUCCAUGAGCGAUUUGAUCAGGGAGAGGACAUAGAGUUGGGAGAUGUUACAGAUAUUGAAAAGAAUCUUGUCAGGAAGAUUGUCAUAGUUGCAUUGUGGUGCAUACAAAUGAAACCUGCUAUUCGUCCUUCAAUGAGCAAAGUCUUGGAGAUGCUUGAAAGUGAAGUUCAGCUACUUGAAAUGCCUCCCAAGCCUUCUUUUGUUCCAUCUGAAUUGCAGACUGCAAAUCGUGUCAAUAUAAAUGUCAAUAUAAGUCAAGCAGCCCAGCCAACUAUGUCACUGGAUGCUAGAACAUAAGGUGCACUCCAAAUGCCUUACCUUGACUUGCUUACACAUAACAGCGUCUCAUAUGUUUACAUAUCCUGCAUUGUUAAUUAAGUAAAUGACCUUUUUACAACUCGAAUAUAUCAAUCUUCAAAUGUUGUAAUUUGAUAUAUCUGAUGACAUAUGGUUUCUUAAUGAAAUAAGAUUACUCUG